AUGUUCAAGACGUGGGACAGCGCGCGACAGCUGUGUCACGAGAUCAACAUGACCCUCGCCACGCUGGACACGCAAGCCAAUCAGUUCCUCAGUAAGGAGCAUUUCUGGAUUGGCUUGCAUGAAAGUGGCCUAAGCACUGCGUUGACUGCUGAGCCUCGUUACCGAUGGACUGGAAGCUGUGCGCCCCUGACUUCGGAAGCUGCCUGGGACCAGCAGGAGCCUCCUGGGGCCGGCAGCACGAGGAUGUGUGUGUACGCCAGGAACGAGACGAUGAAGUGGCGCACAGACUUCUGCAACACCUCGCACUCCUUCAUCUGUGAGCGACAAACAGAUUUUUGCUUCUUCAACCAAACGGACUUCAAGGCCUGCGCAUCCGCCUUCAAGAAGCCUCCGAAGGUUUUCACGGUGGCGAGCGACGACGAGUGCAUGGAGCUGUGCGAGGGCCUCGUGCUGGACGGACUGUCCUGCUGGGGUUCGAACGCACCACAUCCCAGUGUCUUCUCUACUACGACGACUUCCAGCCGCAGUGCAACGUGUCCGGGCCCUCCAGCAUGUACUUCAAAACUGUUUUCAGGCCUUCUAUAUCCAUGGAUCCGCCAAGGACUUCCCUACCAGUGGACGCACAGCGGACUCGCUUUGUGGCCUCACAACACAAGCCGGAGCAGGAUAUCACGUGGGCAAGUCUUCAGCUGCAACCAGUCCGACGACAGCGAACAGCUUCACGAAACCGAAAGAACCAGCUACGUCGUCACACUCUCCAGGGGAGAUCACCUCAUCCAUGGACGUAGGGGAGACAACAGUCCGCCACAACGCUGCGCCCAAACUAGACUCCACCCCCAAAGUAACCACUCAGGAAACUGAAAACCCGACGACCGACUCGAGCACCCACACCACCACUACCACUACCACCAGAACCACCACCACCACCGCCGCCACCACCACUACUACCACCAUUAACAACAUCACCACCACCGCUGCUGUGGUCCAGCAAGGACGCCUGCGCAUGGGGUCAGCGAUAAAACUCUCCGUCCA